UCUAUCUGGAUGACUGAGAAUUUUCAUCAACAUUGGUUUGUUGUUAGUUGCGAAGUCGUGUCCGACCCAUCGCGACCCCAUGGACAAUGUUCCUCCAGGCCUUCCUGUCCUCUACCAUCCUCCGGAGUCCAUUUAAGCUCCCGCCGACUGCUUCAGUGACUCCAUCCGGCCACCUCCUUCUCUGCCGUCCCCUUCUUCUUCUUUUGCCCUCCAUCGUUCCCAGCAUUAGGCUCUUCCUUCCAGGGAGUCCUUCCUUCUCCUUAGGUGGCCAAAGGAUUUGAGUUUCCUCUUCAGGAUCCGGCCUUCUAGAGAGCAGUCAGGGUUGAUCUCCUCUAGGACCGACCGGUUGGAUGGCCUUGCAGCCCAAGGGACUCGCAGGAAUCUUCUCCAGCACCAGAGUUCAAAGGCCUCCAUCCUUUGGCCUUCUCAGCCUUCCUUAUGGUCCAACUUUCCCAGCCAUCCAUUGCAACUGGGAAAACCAUAAGCCUUGACUAGACGCACUUUUGUUGGCCGGGUGAUGUCUCUGCCUUUUAGGAUGCUGUCUUCAACAUUGGUUAGAGACAUUUUUUGUUCUUCUUGUUCGUGCAACGAUUGAUUGAUUUAGCCAUGACUACAAAAGUUCCAAGAACUUCAAAAAGGAAGAGAAAAGCAGAGGUUGCUCACUUUUGAGAUGAAGGGCUAAAAAUUCACACCUCGCUUUCCUGUCGUCGUGGUUUUCCCCUCCACGCUCUCCCUCCGCCCCCCCGCAAUCUUCAUCUUUCUUUCCAUCCUUUGUCGAUACUUUCACAACGAACCCCAGAUGCAACAAGACGCGCCCGCAAUGCGGCUGCCCAAGCUCGCCGCUUGCUUGACGCUAUGGGCGGCCUGGAUCUCUGCUCUUCACGCCAACUUUACCUUUCCUUCAUAUCCGGGCAUGAUGGAGAUGACUGGGAGGUUCCAGGAGUUUAUGGUGAAGUUUUCCAAAACCUACAAUAGCCAAGAAGAAAUGAUUUACCGCUUUAAGGUCUUUGCCCAGAACAUGGAAAACCAGCCGAAUCUUGCAGGACACCGAGCUGGGGACGAAAGCGAGUUCGCUAAGAAUAUUUGCACCCCGGCUUUGCGGCCUGGGCCGUUUGGGCCGACGGAGCCGCGCCGCAGCUUCACGACGGCACCCCGAUUCUGCGACUGGAGAAAAAAGGCCUUGUCUCCCGUGAAGAACCAGGGAGAGUGCUGCUCCUGCUGGGCUUUCGCAGCCGUCUCCAACAUAGAGGCACUGUGGAAGAUUCACCGAAAUGUGAAUUGCAGCCUCUCGGUGCAAGAACUCGUCGACUGCACCUACCCUUCCAGAGGAGGCUGUGAAGGGGGCUACGUCUGGGAUGCGUUGCACUAUGUCUUCAACAAAAGUGGAUUAUCAUCAAGCAGGCUUUACCCCUACGUGGAGAAAGACCAGCGCUGCCAGAAACACAAGGGGCGAAAACUAACCAAGAUUGAUGGUUACAGCGUACUUCCAAGAGACGAGAGGUAUAUUGCUAAUUUUGUAGCCACCCAAGGUCCUGUGACAGCUUUGAUGAACAUAAAAAUCCUUAAGCAUUACAAAACAGGCAUCAUCCAGAGGUCUGAGGGGAGCUGUGACCCCAACUGGCUUGACCACGUAGUCCUGAUAGUUGGCUUCGGUGAAGGCAAAAUCCGACGUGGUACCUGGAGUGGAUCAUACUGGAUUAUCCAGAACUCGUGGGGGAAAAAGUGGGGAGAACAGGGCUAUUUCCGGAUGGAGAGGGAUUCAAACACCUGUGGGAUUGCCCAGUAUGUCACAACAGCUAUCCUCAAAGACUUGGGAGGAAAGAAACCGGCUGUCUGUCCUAGAUGAUGGUAUGCGUGCAUCUGUCUGUCUUCAAGACAACCGCUUUGGAGCACUCAGUGCCAUUAAUUUUCAAGCUUUUGCAACCUGGCGCCCUCCAGGGCCUGCCUGCAGCUUUUGAUUUUUUUCCUCCCGAGUUAUUCUUGGGUUUCUUUAAAACGCAGGGUUUCCUCGAUUUUUUUUUCUUCUUCUUAAUUUUAAGAGCAACCGAUGAGGUCUGUGACUUUUUUUUUUUUUUGUAAGAAUUGCCAAGUGCAACUGUAGGAUGUUGAUGGACCGAAUCGCCCAAUUUUGGUGCAAAAUCUUUCCGUAGAAAAACCCAGCUGUUUUCUCUCUCUGUGUAUAUGCGGGCAUGCAGGCGUGCGGAUAUGGGGGGGGAAAAGGAAUAUCUGAAUGGAAACGGAAUCAAACGCAUGGACAGAAUGUCUAAUAUCAAAAGAACGAACGCAGGUUGUGAAAAUACAGUGAGCGCCGCUGGUAAUCUUCGUACGGAACGAAUAAAAAAAGGGAUUCUCAUCAAAACAGACUUUGUUUUUUUCCUCCCCGCACCCAAUUCUGGAAUCAAAACCGUCUUUCGUUAUGUAUUAGCUAUAUAUUAAAAAAAAAAAAAAAUCCUCCUCUUCACAUUUGUUCCUCUCU